AUGAACUCUCCUAGCGACACCGAAGAGUUUUACGACUGCCAAGGAGAUGAUACUUUUUUACCAGGAAAAUUAUCAUUGUUCAAAGGUUCUUUGCUAACGGCAAAUAACGCUCCCAGCAUAAAUCCGUCAUUGCCGCCGAGCUCAUUUAAAAACACAUUCAGAACAAAAGUAGCAAGAGAAUGUCACAAUUAUGCUCUUUUACUAUGGUUAUUGAAUAGUGAACAGGUUAAUUUGACCUAUCAUUCGGAUUACCAGGUUAAUGCUUUCCAAGUCUUCAAGCAUAAUGAACAAAAACUAUAUCAAAGACAUUUGGAUAUACGACAAAUGCCUCUAGAUAUAGGGGACAUUUCGAUGGACGCUACAUUAGUUCCAGGCGAUACUGAUGGAUUUGACACCUCAAAGUUUGAGUGCUCAAUCUACCCAAUUCUUUUGCAGAAAACCAAUUAUGACCACUUUCAAAUGGAUCGUUUGGCGGAGGACUACAGGUCGCAGUUCGUCAAGAUUCUAGAAAAUUUUGAGUAUCAAAAGGUAAAACACCCCAAAUUUGCUAUGCUUUAUCUUCAACAGAACCUCACGCUCUUGACAAGAGCUUAUAUCCGUGACUUGUUCUACGAUAUUACCUUCAAAUAUUCCUCUUGGUCAAGUGCCGGUUCUUCUGAAAAAGUUCACCUACUUAAGAGCUUACAGAGGUACCAUAAAGAGCACACUUUCAUCAUAUCCCAUGAAACAAUUGCGUCCUUCACAGAAAAGCUAGAUCACUUAACUUGCUUAAACUAUGCAUCUAGUGAUGAAAUCAAUACCACUUUGACGUAUGGAGUUUGGAUAGAUACAGAGAGAGGUAUUAUCUUGUUAUGUAAUGGUAUUGCUCAUACGUGGGAUAUAAUGCAAAUUCCCAGUUACAGUUAUAAGCAAAGUGACGAUAUAACAGCAUUUGUCACGAAAUAUAUGCUCUUUUGUAACAUGAGUGCCCUCGAAACAUGUAUGUGGUUUCUUUAA